GCUACCACGCAGUGACAUUGCAACAUUUUCGCAUUAUGUUGACCUCGUGCAAUCAUAUUGUCUAAGGAUUGUAAGUCGCUUGUAACAUUUGCGAUCAUCUUGCAGUACAUACUUAGGCACCAGCAGCGGCUCGGGCCGUGGACUCCAACUUGAUCGGCCGUCAUGCCUCCUCAGCGCCGCGCACCCAUUGAAUACGAUUGUGAUGCGUGUGGAGCUCAUAAUGUUGAUGCUAUUCGUUUGACGAGGCAUCGAAACCAGUGCAAAGCAAUGCGCACCAGAGGCCGCCGUGCCUACGAGAAGUGCGUACAGCUUCACGAAAAGCGUUUGGCGGCAAAAGCGCGUGCAAAGGCGGAGAAAUUAGCCUCUGUCACUGCGGCAUCGCAUCCAAUGCCAACCACUCAAACACUCACAAGCCGCACUACCAGUGGCAAUCAUAGCUAUUGCAAGGACUUGGCGGAUUUGGGCGAAGGUUCUUCAAAGGGCCCUUUCACUCCGAGUCAUCCGGUCCCUGAGCCUCUAUCAAGAUUGACACCUCCGCUCCCCCAUACCCCAUCAUCCUUACUCGAACAGCACACGGAUGCUAGUGCCUGUGUUCAGGAAGACGUGCUGGCAAGUGCUCGAAGGCAAUUGUAGUGGUUUCAUCGGUUAGAACUUGAUUAUGAGCGCUUGGAAAAGUUUUCCCUGAUGAUCGAUGGUAAGCUCACUUUGACUGUGCGUUGGUGUACUGCUUGACUUGUUCCUAAAGGGUUUAAACAGUCUAGACCAAAGAAUGAGAAUUGUUGCGAUCAGAGCAAGCAAUGGUUGUCGUUAUGACUGGUGUCGAAAUAGUUCAUUAAGGUUGAGCGGUUUCGAGAAUAUCAUUAUGCUCGCUGUACGUUACAGCGAGCAAUGAUGAACUUCAUCAUGAAGCGCGUGUCGAAUGAGCAUGUGAUUACUGGAUCGGAUCG